AUGAACGCCAUCACAGCUGUUUCACACCUGACUCCUGACGCGGUGUGGAACUUGAGGAGUGCUUGUUUUGGAUACCAACUUUGGGCGAGGCUUGAUGCCAACCCGGAGUUGGGUGACACAGCUGGCACUGUCGAAGGAAACUUGCCUAUGACCAGAGCUGCUAGAUGUGAGUCAUGUGAGUGCUUUGUUAAAUGUAGUUGCUUGGAAACCAUUUUCGAGACGCGCCGCGUUCUACGCGGCCUGCGGCGGCGAAAGCGGAAACAAGGAACCGCGGCGGGAAGUGGUUUGGUCCAGAAAUUGAGAAAUUCAGGAGAGAGUGAUGGGAAUUUCCCACUGAAGAGAACAUAUGAGAAAUAA